CCAUCAUCACCUUUCCCGUGUCUGUGCCAUGGAUUUGAGAAACUUGUCGGCUACCCCUAACCAGAUGGACUCCGUCAUGCAACGCCGCCCCUCGUUGUCGUCAUUGUCUUCUACCUCAGGCUAUGCCUCGUCCACAUACGGAGGAACCUCUAAUAGCAACCAAAACAACCAAAACAACCAAAACAAUAUCAGCAAUCAUAACAAUCACAUUGGCUCCAACUCCAACGCAAACACGAGCAACAACACGCCACAGAUGUCUCACCAAAGAUUGUCAGGGUCGACUUCCAGAAACACACUCAACUUGCAGAACUCGUGGUUGAACCAAAACUCGGGCUCCAACGUCGCUGCUUCCGCCAAUGUUGGGCCAUGGGUUGAACAGCAGCAGCAGCAGCAACAUUCGACUUUGUCGUCUUUGGAUGCUAAAGGCAAACUCGACUCCUCUGGACUCCAGUCUUCUGAUCCAUCUGGCUCGAAUAUUGGCAAAGAUGAUGACAACUCCGUCAACAAUACCAUCAACGAUACCGAUACCAUCGAUGACGAUGAGUUGAUCCCCACUGCCAUCGUAAUCAAGAAUAUCCCCUUUGCCAUCAAGAAGGAGCAGUUGUUGGAUGUCAUGACCAAACUCAACUUGCCCUUGCCAUAUGCCUUCAACUACCACUUCGACAACGGCGUAUUCCGAGGCUUGGCCUUUGCUAACUUCACGUCUACGGAAGAAACAUCUCUCGUAGUCAACCAUUUGAAUGGAAGAGAAAUCGGAGGCAGAAAGUUGAGAGUUGAGUACAAGAAGAUGUUGCCUUUACAAGAAAGAGAACGCAUCGAACGCGAAAAGAGAGAAAAAAGGGGCCAGUUGGAAGAACAACACCGUUCCACUUCUAAUGCAUCGCUUGCUUCGUUGAUGUCUGCUGCGUCUACUACGGCUGCUACCAAAAACUUGAGUGUUAGUGCUGCGACACCCAGUGGAACCACAGAGAGAUUGUAUCUCCAAUUGCCAUUAAAUGCACUUUUGGUUUCGACACCUCCUAUGGAGUUAAAUUUCAACGAUUCCGAAACGUUGGAGUUGUACUCACAAUUGCUCUUAUUCAGAGACGAUAUUGGCAAAUCUGUUUUUGAACUUGCCAUUUCGCCAGCUAAUUUGAACUUGACUCAGAGAAAGAUAUUGUCUAUUUUAUGCAACUUCUUGAAUUUGCUCGAGAUGUUCGACAACGGCUUGAUAAUCAUCAGAAGAAAACAUGGCCAUGUAGUCCAAUCUCUUACUCAAACAGCUUUAGGUUCGCAGCCAGUCCAGCCCUCUCACUCUUCGUCCAUGAUGAAUUUGGGCCAAUUGGCUUCUACUGGAGGCAAUACUGCAGCUGCUGCCACUACCUCGAAUCCUGCUCACCCGGAGUUGUUAAGAUCGCAAUCGCAAUCUGCUUUACCACUUCCAAGAUUAAGACAACAGACUUCAACCCCAAUCCAGCAGUUUUCUCAGUAUCAACAGGCUCCUGGUCAGCAACCACCGCAACAGCAACAACAACAGCAGCAACAGCCUGUAGCUCCACAACAACAAGGAAGAGGCUACCCUCAACAGUUCAACAUGUACCAACAGCCUCAACAACAAUCUCAACAACAGAACAAUGGCAAUAGUAACAGUAAUAAUCCACAGGUUGUGACACCAACUAUGGUUUCGUCUAGUGCUGCUUCUCUUUUGAGGUCCUCCAAUAACAGAUCUUAUGUAGACAUCAGAUCAACUCCACCACUUGGAGGAAACUUCAACCAGCAGCAGGGUCAGCAUUCGAAUCAACAGAAUUCCAUAACCAACUCUCCAACACCUCAGCACCACCACAACCACCAUUUAGGGCUUCAGCAACAACAGCAACACUUUUUCCAGAACCAAGCUCUUGGAAAUCCAUCUCAGCCCACCACCCCACUUGCUUCCACUGACAUUAACUCCAGAUUCCAACCAUUCGGUCAGCAUGCGCAUUUGAAUGGCAGCAUGACUUCGUUGCAGCACCAGAACGGAUCCAAUGUUCAAUUAGAAGAUUAUAGCUCCGGAAACAACGAUCCUUUGAACAACAAGUUCAACAACUUGAAUCUUUCUGGCGCACCUUACGAAAUGUCGAACUCCGGCAUCUGGGGCCCAAAGUGAAGCCAUACAGAUUAGAACACCCCCAAAAUUAAUGAAAGAAGACUUAUUCCACUGUUAAACAUAUUAACGAAUUAAUGGAGCUUGAUUUUACGAGAUUUAAUGCUUUGAAUAGACAGCCUUAUUGAAGAACAUUCGAAAAUUACAAAAACAAUAAUAUCUAUCCCAUUUAAAUGGUUCUAGAUGAUAUGCUUGAGCCCCCAAUAGUACCGUGUAUCGGUAAUUAUAGAUCCAUCAUUCCUCUCCCCCACUAUCCAAAUCGCUUGUACUUAAUACAAUUAUGCUCAUGCUCAUGAAAACUAAUGAAUUGAUAGAACGGAUAUAGAGAAGGUAAGCGAACCAUUAUUAUCUUCUUGUUUCCCACGAUACUUAUGAUCUUUAUGAUGCCUUAGAGACGAGAUUACCCAAAAAUGCUCAACCAGCGCCAGCUUUUCUGCAAACAAAGACAUUAGUUUUGCCCCCUCAGUUUUCAUCCGAUUCUAGCGACUGCUAAAUCGAGAAGCCCGUUCACAUUGGACCAGCGCUGAUAACGGUAGGUCCAUCUACCAGAUUCAUCUCUAUGUUUUUUAUAUAUAUGUUUAUUUAUUCCUACGAGGCACGCGACGCUUCAGGUAUGCAAUGUAAAAAUGAUCAAGAGAAGUGUAGGAGAUGUCAGUACUUAAGAAUCAAGGACGACUCUAUUAGAAAAUAAGUCAAUUGCUUUAAAAAAUAAGCUCGCU